GACAGUCGGAUGUCAGUUGCUCCAGUAGAGGAACAUGUGAGAAACUCUUGCUGUUACUGCUUAAAACCUAUCUAUAAAAUUAAUGAAUUGUUAACGUUUAAAUGUUUUCUUACGCUUUAUAUACGCGAAUGUAGUGUUAAGCGAACAGAAGUUUCUAAGCAUCCAGCAUUUGCUGUCAGAUUAUUAGUACCGAGUGAAUACAAACUACAGCAAUGUUUUAUUUCAUCGGUCUUGGUCUUGGUGACGCUAAAGACAUCACGGUGAAGGGACUGGAAAUAAUUAAGCGAUGCAGCCGUGUUUAUCUGGAAGCCUACACAUCCAUACUGACUGUGGGGAAGGACGCGUUGGAGGAGUAUUAUGGGCGUGAGCUGAUUUUGGCAGACAGAGACAUGGUGGAACAGGAAGCAGAUGAGAUCCUCAAGGGUGCUGAUGUUAGUGACGUGGCCUUCCUGGUGGUGGGAGAUCCAUUUGGAGCCACAACACAUAGUGACCUGGUCCUGAGAGCAGUGAAUGCUGGGAUAAAGUACAGAGUCAUCCAUAACGCCUCCAUCCUGAAUGCAGUGGGCUGCUGUGGGCUGCAGUUGUACAAUUUUGGUGAGACUGUGUCCAUCGUGUUUUGGACAGACAGCUGGAAACCAGAGAGCUUCUACGAUAAGAUCAAGAGGAACAGGGACAUGGGCAUGCACACGCUCUGCCUUUUGGAUAUUAAAGUGAAGGAGCAGUCCAUGGAGAACCUCAUGAGGGGUCGUAAGGUUUAUGAGCCGCCUAGGUUCAUGACAGUGGCCCGGGCGGCCGAGCAGCUGCUGGAGGUGGUCCAGAACCGCAGAGAACGAGAAGAGGAACCAGCUAUCACUGAGGACACAGUGUGCGUGGGACUGGCGCGGGUGGGUGCAGAUGACCAGGCCAUUCGAGUCGGAUCUCUGCGCGAGAUGGCGGAGUCUGAUUUGGGAGCGCCACUGCACUCCAUGAUCAUCACGGGCCUCCUGCACCCACUCGAGGUGGACAUGCUAAAGCUCUUCAGCAGCUCUGACGGUCUCAGUGGCCUGAAGAUGACAGAUAGCUCCACUUACGUCUCCUGAGAACCGUGCAGAACAUUCAGUCUCCUGCUGGCUCACGUCUGGAGCUUCAAGAAAACCACACAAAUGACGUAUUUUUUGCGUAGCUCAAAAAGAUUCCACGCGAGUUGCAGUACAGCAUGGUGUUUCUGAGCUAAUUAAAUCGCAGCCCUUGAGUGAAUUACAGAGGAGAAAAUGGUAAAAAGGUCAUGGAGAAAGGAAAAAAACGCUUCAUCUGGGACAAAUGAAAGCCUCUGAAAUGUGAAAUGCUUCUGUAAUUCAAAAUAGUGCACACUAGCUUUGGUCUUGUCAUGUGAUCAUAAAGCAUGUUCAUUUUAUUGCUGCUGGGUUUCCCGCAGUCCCAAUCCAAGACUCUUCGGCUCAGGUUUCCGGGCACAAGCUUCAUGUCGACUCGUUUCUCUCUGUACAACAUUCAUGAUAAAAUCAAUUUUAAAACAUU